CCACUCAGUAGCCGGGGAUGCUUUAGGGGCAGGAAAAGGAGGAGGAGGAGGAGGAGGAGGGCGGCUGGGGGUGGCCUCCUUCCCUCCCUCCUUCCACCCGCGCUCUCCAGGCCACAAACCAAUCACACGGCCCCUUUCUGGGUUUUCCCUCGCCAGCCUCGCCCACCCCACCCCCCGUAGGCCGGGUUUCAAACCACGUUUUGUAAGGACUCCCCUUCUGUCGCCCGCCCCCCCCCCCCUCCAUGAAUGAUGUCGCGACUGCAUUCAUUUGUUUCCCAAACCCUGGGAAAUGUCGCCAGUAAAAGUUAUAUGCGAGCACCGGUAAUUAAUGCCUCAUGGGGUUUAUUUUUGUAGAUCCAAAAGAGGACGCGAUGCCCUCCGAGGGAGAGAAGUCUCCUGAGGCUGAAAACAACAACAACAAGAAAAGCAAAAGUGGAGCCCCUCAGGAUUCCCAACCUUCUCCUCUUGCUUUGCUGGCAGCAACGUGCAGCAAAAUAGGGACACCUGGGGAGAAUCAAGCAACUGGACAACAAAUUAUAAUAGAUCCAAGUCAAGCUUUGGUUCAACUUCAGAAUCAACCACAGCAGUUAGAAUUAGUAACAACUCAGCUUGCCGGAAAUGCUUGGCAGCUUGUUGCAGCUGCCCCUCCUCCUGCUUCAAAAGACAAUAUCCAGCAAACAUCUUCUGUCACUUCGACUGCAGCAAGUCCCUCCAAUAGCAACAAUGGAAAUGCAUCCCCUACAAAAACAAAAACAAGUAAUUCUUCUGGAGUAAUUCCAGGACAGUUCCAAGUCAUACAAGUGCAGAAUCCAAGUGGAAGUGUUCAGUACCAAGUGAUUCCGCAGAUUCAAACGGAAGGUCAACAAAUUCAGUUAAAUCCUGCUAAUGCCACAGCUCUGCAAGACUUACAAGGUCAAAUUCAGCUCAUCCCUGCAGGGAAUAAUCAAGCUAUUCUUGCAACUACAAAUAGGACAGGUUCUGGCAAUAUUAUUGCCCAAAACUUAGCAAAUCAGACAGUGCCAGUCCAAAUCAGGCCUGGUGUUUCUAUUCCAUUGCAGCUACCUAUUGCAGGUACUCAGGCCCAAGUUGUAACAUCACUGCCAAUAAACAUUGGAGGAGUGACUUUAGCAUUACCUGUAAUCAAUGUUGCGGCUGGCAGCAGUUCCGGACAGGUUAUCCAGUCCACUGAUAGUGGAAUUUCCAAUGGAAACCAGCUACUAUCAACGCCUGUCACAACAGCUUCUGUUAGCACUAUGCCAGAUUCACCCACCUCCUCUUCCAUCUGUACAACCACUGCCUCCACCUCAUUAACCAGUAGUGAAACCUUGGUAAGCACUGCAGAAACAGGCCAGUAUUCAAGCACAGCAAACAGUUCUGAGCCUAAUACUGAAGAACCUCAAACAACCACAUCAGAAACAGAUGCUCAGAACUCAACUCAACUUCAGUCCAAUGGAUUGCAAAAUGUGCAGGAUCAGUCAAAUUCAUUGCAGCAGGUGCAAAUAGUAGGUCAGCCUAUUCUGCAGCAGAUACAGAUCCAACAGCCACAGCAACAGAUCAUUCAGGCUAUUUCACCACAGUCUUUUCAGCUUCAAUCAGGACAAACUAUUCAGACCAUUCAGCAGCAGUCUUUACAAAACCUUCAGCUCCAAGCAAUGAGUCCAACCCAAGUGCUCAUAAGAGCACCAACUUUAACCCCAUCAGGACAGAUCAGCUGGCAGACAGUACAGGUCCAAAAUCUUCAAAGCCUUUCAAAUCUCCAGGUUCAAAAUACUGGGUUACCCCAGCAGUUAACCAUUACUCCUGUAUCAUCAAGUGGUGGUACUAUUGCUCAGAUUGCACCAGUAACUGUUGCUGGUACUCCAAUAACAUUAAAUGCUGCCCAGCUUGCUUCAGUGCCUAAUCUUCAGACAGUGAGUGUAGCCAGUUUGGGUGCUGCUGGUGUUCAAGUACAAGGUGUUCCAGUCACCAUUAAUGUUGCAGGUCAGCAACAAGGACAGGAUGGAGGUGUGAAAGUACAACAAGCCACAAUAGCUCCGGUAACCGUAGCCGUCGGAGGCAUUGCGAAUGCCACAAUUGGUGCAGUUAGUCCUGACCAGAUAGCUCAGGUUCAGCUGCAGCAAGCCCAGCAAGCGUCUGAUCAAGAUGUGCAGCCUGGAAAAAGAUUAAAAAGAGUUGCUUGCUCAUGCCCUAAUUGCAGAGAAGGAGAAGGAAGAAGCGGUAAUGAACCAGGAAAAAAGAAACAACAUAUUUGCCAUAUUGAAGGCUGUGGGAAAGUGUAUGGGAAAACAUCUCAUCUGCGAGCACAUCUUCGCUGGCAUACUGGUGAAAGACCAUUUAUAUGCAAUUGGAUCUUUUGUGGGAAAAGAUUUACAAGAAGUGAUGAAUUACAAAGACACAGACGAACACAUACAGGUGAGAAAAGAUUUGAAUGCCCAGAGUGUUCUAAAAGAUUUAUGCGAAGUGACCAUCUCUCCAAACACGUCAAAACCCAUCAAAACAAGAAGGGUGGGGGAACUGCCCUUGCUAUUGUUACUUCAGGUGAAUUGGACUCUUCAGUGACUGAGGUUCUUGGGUCUCCAAGGAUUGUUGCAGUUGCCACCAUCUCUCAAGAUUCAAACCCAGCAACUCCUAAUGUUUCAACAAACAUAGAGGAAUUCUGAACAUUAUACAAAUGCCUAGAACUGCACUUAAGUUUACAUACCUUUCAAGAUACGGAAGUGGGCUGGUAAAAGUGUAUUACAGAGCAGGAAAUCAUGUAUUUGGUCUUGAUUUCUAUAAGUAUUCCAAGUUGGAGAAUUAGCACAGGAAGUGUAAACUGAACAGCAAGACAUUUUUUUCAAAAGAGAGCCAAUUGACAUUGAUAAAUUAUGGAUAAAGCAGAUGAGGAAAUAUAUUGCUUCUACACUAUAUACAUUUAUGUAGGUCUGUAUCAUGAUCAUAAAGGAUUUUUAAUUGGGGUUUCAUUUUUAAAUGUUCGUUGCAGCAACAAGCAAAACAAAUUAUGCAACAGAAUGGCUGGUGGUUAGGGUUUUUCUCUCACACACAAGUUUAUAGCAUUUUCAUUGGAAUAUUUUGUCCAAAAAGGCACAACAACAAAAUCCAAGAAUAGUUUCAUGAAGCUGAGAAUCUUUUGUUUCAAUUUGAUUUGUAUGUAUGUAUGUAUAUAUAUAUAUAUAUAUAUAUAUAUAUAUAUAUAUAUAUAUAUAUAUAUAUAUAUGCUAAAUUUGGCAGUCUCUGCUAAUUUUAAAGAAAUAAUUCAGAUGGCAGCAUGUUCAUUGGGUCUGAGGUAUAUCUCAGAUAAUUUUGACCACUACAUUAUAGUAGUGUGUAUGAUGACAAUCAAUAAACACAGAUUAUUCUCUUUCUAGGAGAGGUAAGAGGUUUGUAGAGCCAGUGUAUACUGUAGCAACUGUUGAAUCUUAGAAAUAUAUUGACAUAAGAUUUUAAUUAAUUUCUAUGUAAAAAUUAAAUACGGGAAUCUAUAUACUAAGUUCUGAACUCAUUCCGUUUCAAGAUGUAGGUGAUUUAUUGCUAAACCUUGGUUAACUUCAGUUACAAAGUUAGUAAUUGAAAUAUUUAAAUUUUUAUUGUGAUACUUGGAAAUUGUGAGUAGAAUGUUGUACAUAUACAUCACUGUCAACCUUUUGUCAAUAUCAAAUGUUGCCGCUAAUUCUUUAGACCUUGACAUGACAGCCAAAGAAAAGGGUGAAUAACUUCAACCAAAAGUUUUAACUCUUUAAGUUAAUCUAUCAUUUCUCUUAAGGAAAUCUAUCAUUUCUUAAGGAAAACAAUAUUUCGAAUCCAAACAGCAACUGUUGGCUUGCCCAAGGCUUUCAGUGUACUAGUAAGAUUUUUAAAACCUUAAAAAAUUACAGCCCAUUUGCCAUAGAAUUUCUUAUGAAAAUCUCAGAAGAGGCUUGCUGUGUGGCAUUGUGAGCUCUUAGUUGAUAAACUCUAUCCAAAGUCUCAUUGCAAGUCUUGUUGUUUUUGGAUUCUAGCAAAACAUGUCCUCCCCAUCCUAUUAUGCAUACAACCCUAAAAAGGCCAGCAAAACAUGAUUUUAAAUAAUCUUUACUUUACCCAUACAUUUUCUUCUUCAGUAAUAUAAAUAUUUUAUAUAUACCUUUACUAUAGAGAUAAGAAAUAAAGCUAUUAAUGCUUAUUUCUUGAAUACAGCACAAUAAAAAAAUUAUGCCCCAGAUCUAAUUUCAGUCAGAGGUAACUAGUUAACCAUAACUAGCCCAGAAUAGGGAUGCAAUCCUUAUUUUCAUGAAAAAACAACAUUUAUUCAACUAGGACAGUGGUGAUAAAAUAAAUAGUAAUACUCAUCUAUAUCUGCCACACCUGAAAAACUAUUUCUAUAUUCAGUUCUCUCAUGCUGGGCAGAUUUGUGUGCAGAUUGGACUUCGUAACAGAAGUAUGGCCAAAUAUGAUCUGGGUUUUUAAACAUUUCCCAUUGGCAUUACUAGAACAUUUAAAAAACCAUCUCUGUUGUGCUAAAUCCCAUGAUUGCCUGGUUUUUAACAUUCUAAACCAAAAUAUUUUAACAGUUUGAUUUAAAAGUUCAGUGUAAGACAUUGACACUUUAAAUAAUGGUCUUUUCUGUUGAGAGAUAUUUGAGCAAAUAUUUUUAUAGAAGUCCCAAUUUUGUGGCAUUGCACACAUUUUUAAAGAAAAGAUCGAAAUAAUUCAUACGGUGCACACUAGGGAUGCUGCUGUGUAGUAUCAUACGAAGCUGAACAACAAUUUUAUAACAUCAGCUUAUAUACAUGGAAAAAUGAAAACAAUUUUACACUGUGGUUUCAAGUUUCUUAAAUGUUUUUCAGGCAUUUAACAGUCUUUAAAGUUUUGUUUCCAUAUAUUUUUAUUUAAAAUAUUUUCAAUUGAUAUUACUGGCUUUAAAUGCCAGAAUCAGUUUAAGGAUACAUUUAAUACAGAUGGCCAUUAAAUAAUGUAAAUUAACUCUUCUUGCAAAUAAACUGCAACAUAAAUAUAUAUUUUAUCAUUCUGCCUCAUAAUCAGUGCUGUAAAAUCUGUUAAGCAAGUAGAAGAAUUCUUUUUGGAAUCAUGUUAAGCAUUUUUUGUGAACCUAAGGUAUGAAUACUCUGCACAACUGUUAGAUAUUCUUUCUGCAUACUUAAGCAUUCAGACCUGAAAUAGAAGUUUUCAAUCUGCGGAAAAUCCCUAUUACAAAUGUAUCAAAAAGUUUCUUAGAAUUUAAUAUAAAUUAAUCUGUGUUAGCAGGUGCACUUACUACUCCUGGAAUUAAACAUUUUGAUAGUCUGUUCUGCAUAUCAUUCUACGUCCACUUUUCAGUCUUAGAAGGAUCGUAAAUUUCUGUGUCCUUUAUUUGACUCAGUGGAAUAUAACUGUUGUACGUAAUAGGGCACAGAUGUGCAGUAGUAGCUUGUUUAAUGGCAUUUCACCGUUCAUUCCCUUUGCCACCAUUAUGAAUAUUUUUUGCUUUAUUGUACUUAUAAGUGCAGAGUGUAUUUAUCAUGGUAGAACUCCAGUGUUGGAAUAGUUUUAUUUUAUUUUCAAUAUACUUUUCUUGGGAUAAGGUUGUGUAUGUGUUCCCUGAUUACAUUAGAAAUCGGUGUUACAUCAUUAUUUAUCACACUGUUUCAUGAGGAGAAGUAAUAAGCGUGUGUAAUUUAGGAGCAAAUGUUUUUGUUAAAUUUAGGUAAGCAUGAUGUUUGGGUCCUAUUUUUCAAUUUUAUAAUGUUUUAUUGAAACAAUAUUUGUAUUUAAGUCUCCAUUUUUAAUGCCUUGUGGGUUUUUUUAUGCAUGUCACUUAAGUUGUCAUCCCUCAAAAAAUUGAUGUGCAACAUAGGGUGUUAAAUCUACAUACUGAUUUUGAAACAGAAAAAUAGUUGGUGGUGAAAUUGUAAAUGUUUUGCAGAAAAAAAUCUUAUAAAAAGUUUUGUAGUAAUAUUUCACUUGUAAAUUUUUUUGUAAGAAAAAGGGGAAAAAGAAAAAUGCAAGAAACACCCAUUCUAAAAUCUACAAAUUAAUUCUGCCAGCAAAGCCUCUAAGGCUUUAAUUUUUACUAUGCUAAUUUGUAUAAAUUUUGUGUGUUUUUGUGGAUUUGGAACUAAAACUGUGUAGACGUUGUUGCCUGCAAUAAUGUUUUGCAAGUAACCUAUUAAAAUUCUCUUGAGUUUAAAUGGA